CAAUAGACUUAAAGAAGGACAGCCAGGGUAGAGGUAACCUCUGGAAACUUCACCUUAUCAAGGCCCCAACAACCAUAGGUUUUAUGGUUAGAACAUCUCUAAGAAGCACAUGGAAAAACUCUUGGAUCCUCAUCCCAAGGAAGCAGAGUACCCUGAUCCACAGCCUGAGUCACAUCAAGAUGAAACUGUUAGUGUCCUUUCUGAGCUCAAGGUUCCCUUUGUCUCUUGAAUGAAGCCCAGGAUAGUUCGGUAGCUACCUGGUGGCAGUGUGCUAAGGUGUAGACAGGGCAUUGCCUGCAGAGCAGGUCCUGCCAACCUCCCUGGAGAGGAUGCCCCCGUGUCCGUGAUGGGCUGUGGGACAAGCAAGGUCCUUCCUGAGCCGCCAAAGGAUGUCCAGCUGGAUCUCGUCAAGAAGGUGGAGCCCUCCAGUGGCACUGAGAAGGAUGUGCACAAGCACUUCAUCACAGAGGUGAACAGUGAUCUUAAAGCUGGGUUCCCAGCAGCCAGUCAGUGUGCAAACCCCUGCCCCAGUGCCCCCAUUACCAGCCACACAGAACCUCCUUCAGAACCACCACGCAGGGCCAGGGUGGCUAAGUACAGGGCUAAGUUUGACCCACGUGUGACAGCCAAGUAUGACAUCAAAGCUCUGAUUGGCCGAGGCAGCUUCAGCCGAGUGGUACGUGUGGAGCACCGGGCAACCCGGCAGCCAUAUGCCAUCAAGAUGAUUGAGACCAAGUACCGGGAAGGGCGAGAGGUAUGUGAGUCAGAGCUGCGUGUGCUGCGCCGGGUGCGUCAUGCCAACAUCAUCCAGCUGGUGGAGGUGUUUGAGACGCAGGAGCGUGUGUACAUGGUGAUGGAGCUGGCCACCGGUGGAGAGCUCUUUGACCGGAUCAUCGCCAAGGGUUCUUUCACUGAACGUGAUGCCACAAGAGUGCUGCAGAUGGUGCUGGAUGGUGUCCGAUAUCUGCAUGCACUGGGCAUUACACACCGAGACCUCAAGCCUGAAAACCUGCUCUACUACCACCCAGGCACUGACUCCAAGAUCAUCAUCACUGACUUUGGCCUGGCCAGUGCCCGCAAGAAGGGUGACGACUGCCUGAUGAAGACCACCUGCGGCACACCCGAGUACAUUGCUCCUGAGGUCCUGGUCCGCAAGCCCUACACCAAUUCAGUUGACAUGUGGGCACUGGGUGUCAUUGCCUACAUCCUGCUCAGUGGCACCAUGCCCUUUGAGGAUGACAACCGUACCAGACUGUACCGGCAAAUCCUCAGGGGCAAGUACAGUUACUCUGGGGAGCCCUGGCCCAGUGUGUCCAACCUGGCCAAGGACUUCAUUGACCGCCUGCUGACGGUGGACCCCGGCGCCCGUAUGACUGCACUGCAGGCCCUGAGGCACCCAUGGGUGGUGAGCAUGGCAGCCUCUUCAUCCAUGAAGAAUCUGCACCGCUCCAUCUCCCAGAACCUCCUCAAACGUGCUUCCUCACGCUGUCAGAGCACCAAAUCGGCCCAGUCCACGCGUUCCAGCCGCUCCACACGCUCCAACAAGUCGCGCCGUGUACGGGAGAGGGAACUGCGGGAGCUCAACCUGCGCUACCAGCAGCAGUACAAUGGCUGAGCCACCUGGCUGCAGUGCAGACGUGCCACGGUCCCAGCUUGGCCAUGCACUGCCGUGCCCUUUGGGCCCGACACCCUCUCUAGAGAUAGGCCUGUAUGGCCAGAGGCAGGUGACUGGCUCCAGCCCCUUCCCUGUGCCUUCAGCAGCCCCUAUCCUCAUCCUGGGCCUGAGUCUGGUGUGACAGAGUGAAGGGAGCCCAGGGGGCUGUGAGCCCUGUGAACUGGAAGCCUGGCCUGGCACCAGUGCUCCUGGGCAACUGCUCUGCUACAAGUUGGGGAAGGGGCAGGACCUGGCCUUCAGGCUCCCUCACCCCUUGACUCUUCCCCGAGACCAAGGGGGUAUGUCGUGCCAGGCGGAGGGCGUCCUAUGGUCCCAGGACUCUUUGGGACAGUUACUUCUGAAAGCCUCUUCACUGAAUCUUCUCUGGCCUCCCCACAUUCUGUUGCAUCCUGAUCUGUGCCCCAGUGAGAGGCCUAGGAAGCACAAAGCUUGUGCCUUGGCUGGACUCUCAGCCCCUGGCUAAGUCUACAGUCUCCCGCCUCUCACCCAAGGUCUUUGUCCCUUCAUGGUGCCCCCAGGGACCCCUCCUAGCCCCAGGACUGGCUAGAACCUCUAGUGGUAGGGCCAUGGCAUGGUCCUUGGCCCUUCUGGACUAUGUUGGCCAUGUUAGUAGCAGGCUUGCUCCAGGCUCCAACCUCUCUCUCUGCAAUGAGAGACCUCCUGCCCACCAGGCCGCUGUUUUGAGUGCCUUCUUUACAGAGCCCACUAUCACCUCUCUCUCCCCCUUGGAUGCCCAUUCUAUUCCCUAGGUGCCUCCUUCCCAACCGUGGGGGUUAAAGGGAACCCCACUGCUGCUACCUGGGGAAUGGGGGCACCAGGGUCAAGGCAGAGGCCAGGGGCUUUCCAGGGAGACCCCCAUCAAGAUUCCAGUGUCAGCCCUGUCCGGUUCCACCCUUGGUACUGCCGGUUGCCCCUUCCCUUCAGGCGCUGCUGUUCCCUCCUCGCAGUGGCAUGAAGGCGCCAUCUAGUGUCUGACAUGAGUUAUGGGCAGCCUAGGACUGACCACUGUGCUCCUCCCUCAUCCUCUAGAGAAAGUAGGAAGGAAGGACCUCCUGUAUUUAGGAAAGGUCCCCAGGCUGCUCAGCCCUCCCCUUCUGCUGAGCUGCUGUGCAGCUCCAGUUGGAACUUAGCCAUACUGUGUGACCUGCCUCUGAACCCUGAGUGCCUAGGGGCCCUGGCCUUCCCACAGCUGGCCUUGCCUGGUCCAGCCUGUCCCUGCUUCCUUUCACAGCAUUACCCUUCCAGCUUGGGCUCUGCCGAAUCUCAGGCUGGAGGGACCCCCUGCAGGAGGUGGGUGGAAUUGGGUGGCUGCUUUCCCAGAGGCCUGAGCCAGACCAUCCCCAUGUCAGUCAUGGCACCUCCCCCAUCUCCCUCCACCAGGCUGGAACCCAAGUCCCCUUCCUCCACAGCUGCUUUUAGUGAAUGGGAAGGAUCUGGGGCCCAGCCUGGAGGGAUUGGCCCUCACUGUUUCUCUCAGUGGGUAGCCUUGCUCCAGGCCCCCUUCUUUCUGCAAGUGCCACCUCCAGUGAGAAACAAAGCCAAAGAGACCGCUCUGGGCCAAGUUGACUGUGCCUUAUACAUCUCCCAUCCCAAGUGCUCCUGGCACAAGGCAGCGGAGAGCCAAAUCCUCAGAAUUCCCCCCAUUUCCCCAAGUGUCUCGGGGGCCUGAAGCCCUGGGCAUUCAUUUCCUCUCUUGUCCAAAAUAGGCGUGGUCCUAAGGGUAGGACAGAGGACAUUUGGAGACAUGGGCCUUUGAUAGGCCCACCUGGGCCUUUAUACCAUGGACCGUGGCUGGAGAAUGUGCAGGUAUUUAUUUUGUGUACUCUGUUUGUAAAUGUAUCCUCUGUACUCAAUAAACAGGCUGCCAUCCCCAGGGAAGGCUGCUCAUCCAUUCUGACA